AUGAAAAUCAAAAGCUUGGUGAUUGGAGACAAACAUUACAAAAUUACAAUAUUUGAUACUGCUGGUCAUGAAAGAUUUAGAACUGUCACAUCCUCCUAUUAUCGAGGAUCUCAUUUGGUAUUUCUUGUAUACGAUGUGACAAAUAGGAAAACAUUCGAAGACACAAAAAUUUGGUUAUUAGAUUUUAGAACUACGUUUUAUAAUUCGGAUGGAUGUGCUCCCUACAUAACAUUAAUUGGAAACAAAAUAGACAUGAAAGACCAGCGAGUCGUAAGCCAAGACGAGGGAGAAAUGCUUCGAAAAGAAUUAGAGUUGGAUGCUUUCUACGAAGUGAGUGUGGAAAAAGAGAUUGGUGUGAUGGAAGCUUUUGAAAAUGCUGUCUCUUGCUAUGCAUUAAGAGAAGCACAACAGAGAGAUCUCUCUUCAGGACCUCUAAAAGCAACAACCAUAGCUCUUUCCAUUAGCCGAAAUCAAUCAUCCUCUCAAAUUCAUACAGUCAAUCGUUCACCUUCGAGGUGUAGCCAAUCGUGUAUGAUAGGUUAG